AUGCCCAAGACAUCUCCCGCCAACGCAUGGGUCGGCGCGCCUCCCGUCUCCGAAGGCGCCUUUGCCUUUGCCCACGGCGACUUCUUUGCCGAAGCCUCAGGCCAGAACAGGCAUCGUCGCGCGACGCCACAGGAGCUCAAGACGCAUUUCACAUCCGGCAACGACAAGGAUCAUCCUGCGCAUUGGUUUGAAGCACAGCUCAUUCACUAUGGCCUUCAACCGUCAAAGACAAAGUCGGGCAAGCUAAAGAAGGAGUGGACAAAGAAUGAUCGGGAGGCCAAGAAGGUUUCCAAGGCUUCGACUUCAACACCGGCAAAGGUUGCGGGCGCCAAGAGAAAGGCUGAUGACGAUGCGGGUCCCUCGAAGAAGGCAAAGACGACUACCACCAAGGUCACAACUACAACCAAGGCGACUACUACCAAAGCUUCUGCUUCCAAGGCGUCCGCUUCCAAGGCCUCAACCUCCAAGGCAUCUGCUGCCAAGGCUCCUUCUGCCACGCCUGCAAAGAAGCAGACAGCCCGCCGAGGUGGCAUCUCCCAAGGACCAACCCGCGCAUCAAGACAAGAUUCGCCAGAGAGCCCUCCUCGGAAAAAGCAGACGGCCCGACGCAGCAAUGCCUUCAUGGCAAGGGGACGCAUCGAAGCACCCUCGCCCCGACCUACUGGCUACGACUUUGCCGCUCCUCCUCCCUACUCAGAGUACCCAGAUGAUGGCGGCUACCGUUCGGAUGACUACCCUUCUCAUGGCGGGUAUCAAUCUCACAGCGAUAACUAUGAUAACGACGGCUAUGACGACGGUUACGAUGAUGAGGUCAGCCUUGCGCCUCUUGGCCUUCUCAACGGUGACUAUGAGAUUGAUUCAGAAUAUGUCACUAGCCAGUGGGACUACCCGCCUGACGACCUUGGCCUGACCCUCACGCUUUCCGGUUCCUCUUUGUGGGGCCGCUUCAACCUGGGAGUGUACGAAGGUGUUUUCUUCAUUGAAGAUCGCCCGAUGAGAUCAUCUCACGAAAAGGUCUGGUUCAAGUGGCGCGGACGUGAAGACCAGGGACCCAUCAUAUAUGGUGACAGAAACAACGGCUGGAUCAAGUUCCUGGGUGAUGGCCGGAUCGAGGGGUUCCUAGACAUGCAGUCCCUUUCUUUCCAAGGCCGUCGAUUCCCGGAUCAGCCAACGAGGAGUAGUAUUGAUGCGCGCAGCAUGAAGAAUGAGUUUGAUGGGUACUCUGAGGAUGAGUAUGACCGCGAGAACCGGGCUCGCUGGUGA